AUGAUCUCCAAGGGCUCAACACAAACGGCGAACUCAGAUGCGUUGUAUGAAGAUGCCGGUUACUACUACAUCCCCUUCAAAGCUUACAAGAACGGAAGUACAAUGGCACGAGCUGUCUUUAACAUCUUCCUGCAAGAAAGCAGAUCCGCAAAAACAUCCGAGCCCCCAUCGGUGGUCAUUGAUGAUCUUGGAAACGUCACAGUGGUUGAGAACGAUGGCGCAAGAAACCUGCCUCUUAGUCCGUUGAAUUCACCUUCCCUUCAUGCCAACGACGUUUUUGGCCCCAAGAUUGAGCUCUCCAAACGAAGCCCCCACGAUAGCUCACGCUCCGUGCGCAAACAUGAAUCGAGUCAUUCUCACAUUGAAGAAUCUAUUUCCGAUGAGUUGGAAAACUAUUCCAACCAUGUCCUGGAGUCGCUUGAAUAUAUUUUUGGUCAUGAAGCCAUCGCCAAGUUGACUGCAAACACACUGCCAGAAGAAGGAGAUUGGCACGUCAUGUCGCCCCUAGAAAACGAACGAGCUGACAGCACACUGGAAGCUCAGAGUCCACGUUCCAACAAGAGCUGGGAUGCAGCGUCUGGUAGGAGGAGUUCAUUCCUGGAGGACAAGCAGGUUGAACCACAAGACGAGGACGAGGACUCCGACAUACCAGCUCCUCGUCCUGCUAGCGAUCGGAUCUCCCAGAGAAAGCGCCAGCAGCGAUCUAUGUUUGAAAUCCUAGGAUCCCAAGAGAUUUUGGCAUCCAUGCCAACUUUACGAGCGACGAUCAAGAGCGAUCACGGGUUCCAUCCAUGA